AUGGCCGGCUCCAGCGCUGCAAGCCAUACGCCAAUCUACCCUGCCGGCACUGUCGCCAAAGUGUCAACUGAUAUUCUCAACGAAACCUUUCAUAACAUCAUCCAUGACCUCGUCGCCAAAGUCCACCGGGAAGAGAAGGUGGCGCGGAUGCGCUCUGCCGUUGUAGUCGCAAGACAGAAGGCCGAAGACGGAGCACAAGUACCUGAUGAGUCACCCAGUAAGUCUGUGGCAGAUGGCAAGCCUCGGGAGAUGAUCAUCGAUCCGACAAAAUUGGCCAACACGCACCUCGAGACGAAUGCGGCAAUCUUCGACCGCGGCCGGGUACUCCUCAAGGGCAAUCCAUUGCAGACGGUUAAAGAAAUCAUAUGCACCGAAUGUCGACUGCCGCGUCUCGCCUAUCCACCCGCCGGCGCCGGUUUCCAACCUCCCGACCCCGAUCGCGAAUACUGUCAGAACGGACCAUUGAUCACAUUGCCAGGCCAUGACGUCCACGGCAAACUGUUUGCCAUUAUGCCAAACCCCAAGAAGCGCAAGACAGACCGAGACGGUGUCACUCCGGAGGUUCCCACUAGCAAGUGUCCUAUUUGCCCUCGAUACUUUGUCAUGAAUCGUGUGGCUCAGCAUUUGGAUCGCUGCAUGAACAUCUCUGGCCGUGGAAGCACCCGCAACAAGACCCCGACCGACAGUGGCGCUAGUGGUGCUAGCAGCCCUACUUCAUCCGCUCCCAAGCGCCCUCACGAUGACGAUGAAGGCAGUCCCAGCCCUACGAAGAAGAAGAAGCUCAACCAGACGAAGAAGGCAUCUGCCAACAAGCCUGGACCCAGCAAGCUCAAGAACUCCUUCACAGUGGAGGACCACGAAGACGAAAUCAAAAGUGAGAAUGCGGACGCAUGA